AUGUGGAACCAAUCCAGAGACGAGGACGUGCAGCUCCUGGAGUUGAGGAUUGUCCUUCUCGGAGGUCGAAAUUCAGGAAAAAGCUUUGUGGGUAGCACAAUCCUAAACCAAGAAGAGUUCAUCUUCCAGGAGCGGACCACAUGUCUGAAAAGAGCAGCUGAGGUAAAAGGAACAAAUGUAAUUGUGGUGGACACACCAGGUUGGUGGUGUGACUUCUCAGCAAGAGAAACACCAGAGUUGGUCAGGAGAGAAAUCAAACGCAGCGUCUCCCUCAGUCUCCCCGGACCUCAUGUCUUUCUCCUGGUGGUCAAAACAGACUCAGUGUUUAUAGAAAAGCGAAGGAAUGCUGUGGAAGAACAUUUGAAACUCCUUGGAGAGACAGUAUGGGGUCACACUUUGGUUCUGUUUACAAAAGGCAAAAACUCAGGAGACAUAUCAUUGGAGGAUUAUGUUAAAUUGUCAGGUAAACCUCUUCAAUGGCUUCUGGAGAAGUGCAUUGGGAGGUUUCAUGUUCUUGAUCUUCAGAGGACGGACAAUGCAACCCAGGUAAUGAAACUUAUGAGGAAAAUAGAUCAAAUGGUGGAAGGAAAUGAAAGACGUCAUUUUGAAAUAGACAAAAGGACUUUACAGGAGAUUGAGGACGAAAAGAAAGAAAUUGAAGUCAAUGCUCACCAGAAACUGAUCAGGAUACAAAAUCAAAGAGCUACUGUAAAAGCUCAAGCAUGCCGUCUCCAAAACAUCAGACUUGUUCUGCUUGGAGCAAAGGGGUCAGGGAAGAGUUCGACUGGAAACAGCAUUCUAGCGGCAGGAGGUGACCUCAGGUUUACAACAAAGAAACGGACCACACGAUGCAGGAUGGAAACAAGCACAGUGGCAGGCAGACAACUGACAGUGGUGGACACACCUGGUUGGUGGAUGAACUAUUUUACCCAGGACUCUACAGCUUUUGACAAACAGGAAAUAGUCAACAGCAUGUACUCAUGUUCACCCGGUCCCCAUGCUUUCGUUUUAGUGGUGCGGGGGGACAGGUCAUUCACGGAGAUCUACAGAAGAGCCAUUGAAGAGCAUUUAGAACUUGUUAAUAAGGAGAUCUGGAGACACACCAUACUGCUGUUUACCUUUGGCGACUGGCUCGGGGAGACAACCAUCGAGCAGCACAUAGAGAGUGAAGGAAAGGUGCUCCAGUGGCUUGUGGAGAGAUGUGGAGAUCGGUAUCAUGUUUUGAACAACAAGAGUCCCAGUGAUGGGUUCCAGAUUGCAGAGCUGCUGGAGAAGAUAGAGGACAUGAUAGCAGGAACUGGCAGGAGCCACUUUAAAAUAGAUAUGAGGAUGGCGGAGAAGAUUGAGAGGAAAAAGCAGGAAGAGGCAAAGAGGGUAAAAAUGAGGUGUGAGAAUGUGCUGAGAAAAAGACAAAGGUUGAAAGCUUUUAAAGAAUCUGUACCACUUCCCACCAUGAUAAGAGUCAUUUUAUUGGGUGCGAAACACACCGGCAGGACCUCUGCUGCCAGAUGCAUUUUGGGUAAUUGUGAAGAAUUAACAGAUAAUCAAAAACCCUUGAGAGGUUCUGCUACAAUCAAUGAGAAAAAAGUUGACGUCAUGGACACGCCAGGGUGGACGACUGAGUAUCCAGAUUCAGGGUUUAACAAGGAACUUCUCAAUGUUAGUGAGACCUGUGUCCUGCUGCUGGUGGUCAAUGCCAGCUCUUCAUUUACAUUCAGGAAGCUAAGAGCAGCUGACAGCCAUUUGCGAGCUCUGGGUGGGAAAGCAUGGAGCAGGACCAUUGUGUUGUUUACAAAUGGCGACUGGCUGGAAGAAGUUAGCGUGGAGCAGUAUAUAGAGAGCGAGGGAGUUGCGCUUCAAAUGCUGGUAGAGAAAUGUGGAAACCGAUAUCAUGUUUUCAACAGCAAGCUCAAAGAUGAUGGCACUCAUGUCGCAGAGCUGAUGGAGAAGAUAGAAGAGAUGCUGUUAGAACUGAUGCUUAACAGUGAAGUAAAUAAAGGAAGUGUCGAACGUCCCUUGGUAGAUGAUAAAAUGCAGUUUGGGAGAAGGGUGGAGAUGGGAGCGAGACAAAUAAGCUAUUCUACAAAGAAUAACCCAGCUUGUGGUGAUUCUCAUAUUCCAGAAGAGAUUGGGUUCUCUGAACAUUCGCUGCAUGAUACUUCUCGUGAUCUAACAAUCCCAAACACGGACUCCAGUCAUCUCCAAACCCAAAAUCAAGAAUUGGCCUGUACAGGCAUCCGAUUAUGUAAUAGAAACUUGUCACGCAGAAACAUUAAUCAAAAACUGAGAGUGGUGCUCAACGCCACUCAAUGUCUUUACCAAAAUGAACCCUUUAUUGGUGUUUACAGAACAGAAAGACGACAUGAAUUACAAGCAUUAAAUACCGAAUCACAAGAGGGAAGGCUUUCUGAGCGGCCCCGUCUUCUGUAUCAGAGGUGCACACCAGGUCAGACUGCAAAAAAUAGAGUUUUUCUGGAUUUAGUUCAAUCAGGGAGUUGGCAAGACCUAAUUGACCAAUGCGGUGACAGUAACAUUGAAGAGUUAGAGGCAUUCAUAGACUCUUAUUUUAAGAUGGUUUGGCAGGAGACUAAAGCAGGGGAAUCCAGCAACACGUCACCAAUAAACUGUGAAAUUUCAGGCAUCACAGAGAGCUGUCUGGAAUAUCUGGCCUCGAUUGACAGGAAGCUCUCCAAACUCGACAUCCUGGAAGACGCUCAGAAAGACUUAAAGGAGCUGAAGCAAAACCUUGAACAUUUUGGUCGGAUAUUACAGGAGAUGAAGGGUUGGAGUAAAGAACCAUGUCCCUCCAGUCAACCUUCUGAAGCAACUGGGUCAUCUGAAAAUGGGCAAAGAGAUUAAGAUUAACGGUCACCGGAGCUGUCGGAGGCAAAUAGCAAACUCAGGGUUUAUGCUUUUACAUUAUUUAGUCAUUUAGAAGAUGCUUUUUUCCUAAGCAACUUAUUAACCCACGAGGA